UGCGGCGCGUCGAAUGGAUGAUUUUAAACAUUAAAGUUUUGUUUUUACGUGACAGACAUUUGUGCGAACGCACCGGAGUGAUUACACGCUAGCUUAUCGACUAUUUAUCACAUUUGUUGUCUGCGGUUGAGGUUGGGUUGAGUUGUGGAGUAUGAGUACAUAAUGAAGCGGCGCUUGGAGGAUCAGGAUACAGUAUUCGGAACUCAGCGGCGGCUCCCGGGAGGUGCUGAAGGUUUUCCGCACCGUGUCGUUACCUCUGCAUCUUCCAUCUACGAGGCCGCGUUAGACAACAUGCAGCCUGCUGCUGGAGUGCAGUACUCUCAGGUCUCUCAGACCUACCAGGUGCCCUUGACUCAGAGCUCUGGAGGACACGGACACAGCGUCGCUCCUGCAGUUCACGCUGGCGCCCAUCAUCAUAGUCCUGUGGUAAACCCAGCGGGAGCUGCUGCAGGUCCCGGUCACUCUCACGCUCCUACUGUUCCUGCUCCCACUGCAGGCCAGCAGUUCCAGAGGCUCAAGGUUGAAGACGCUCUCUCCUACCUUGAUCAGGUAAAGCUCCAGUUUGGAAACCAGCCUCAGGUCUACAAUGAUUUUUUGGACAUCAUGAAAGAAUUUAAAUCUCAAAGCAUCGACACGCCGGGUGUGAUAAACAGGGUCUCACAGCUAUUUAAGGGUCACCCGGACCUCAUUAUGGGCUUCAACACCUUCCUGCCGCCCGGCUACAAGAUCGAAGUGCAGACCAACGACCUGGUGAACGUAACCACGCCCGGCCAGAUUCACCAGAUCACGCCGCACGGCAUUUCCACCCAGAACAUCCCCACCGCUCAGCAGAGCCAGCACCAGAGCCAGGCGUCGGCCCCCGCCAGCACUGCUGCCCUCAGCAUGCCCAGCCAACCCACGCCUGCCAAGAUCAGCAAGCCCAUGCAGUCUCCGGCGCUGACCCCAACCAGCCAGCACAACCCGUCCAUCCCGUCCUACGCCUCGCCCCGCUCCCCCUCGGUACAGUCACACACUCCGGUCAGCAGCACGCCGGCCGGCGGCCCACCGCUGCAGAACAACCAGCCCGUGGAGUUCAACCACGCCAUCAACUACGUCAACAAGAUCAAGAACCGCUUUCAGGGCCAGCCGGAUAUCUACAAGGCUUUUCUGGAGAUCCUGCACACCUACCAGAAGGAGCAGCGGAAUGCUAAGGAAGCCGGUGGGAACUACACCCCGACCCUGACCGAGCAGGAAGUGUACGCUCAGGUGGCUCGACUCUUUAAGAACCAGGAGGAUCUGCUGUCUGAGUUUGGACAGUUCCUGCCGGACGCCAGCAGUUCAAUGUUGCUGGGCAAGACGGUGGCUGAGAAGGCCGAGACGGUGCGUCUGGACCCCGGCGGCGUGCUGAAGAGGCCUCAGCUCAACAACAAGCAGCGCUUCAACCAGAACGGCUGCCAGAUCCGCAGGCACUCUGGACCCGGCACUACACCCCCCUUAAAGAAGAAGCCGAAGUUUAUGGGGAAAGAGCAUCCGGUAACCGAGGGCAACAAGUUUGGAACAGGCACAGAGACUCUGUUUUUCGAAAAGGUGAGGAAAGCACUGCGGAGCUCGGAGGCCUACGACAACUUCCUGCGCUGCUUAGUGCUCUUCAACCAGGAGGUGAUCUCACGAGCAGAGCUGGUGCAGUUGGUGCUACCGUUCCUAGGGAAAUUCCCCGAGCUGUUCACCUGGUUCAAAAAUUUCCUGGGCUACAAAGAGUGCGCCCAAAUGGAGAGCUUCCCCAAGGAGCGUGCCACCGAGGGCAUCGCCAUGGAGAUCGACUACUCGUCCUGUAAGAGGCUGGGUUUCAGUUACAGAGCUCUGCCCAAGAGCUACCAGCAGCCCAAGUGCACGGGCAGGACUCCGCUCUGUAAGGAGGUGCUGAACGACACGUGGGUUUCGUUCCCGUCCUGGUCUGAGGACUCCACCUUUGUCAGCUCCAAAAAGACCCAGUAUGAGGAGCACAUAUACAGAUGUGAGGACGAGCGCUUCGAGCUCGACAUGGUGCUGGAGACCAACCUGGCCACCAUCCGCGUCCUGGAGACGGUUCAGAAGAAGCUCUCGCGCAUGUCAGCAGAAGACCAGGCCAAAUUCCGUCUGGACAACACGAUGGGAGGCUCGUCUGAGGUCAUCCAUCGCAAAGCCAUCCAGAGGAUAUACGGCGACAAAGCCGCCGACAUCAUGGACGGCCUCAAGCGGAACCCCGCCGUCUCCGUCCCCAUCGUCCUGAAAAGGUUGAAGAUGAAGGAAGAAGAGUGGCGCGACGCUCAGAGAGGCUUCAACAAGAUCUGGAGGGAGCAGAACGAGAAGUAUUACCUCAAGUCGUUAGAUCACCAGGGCAUCAACUUCAAACAGAACGACACCAAGGUGCUCCGCUCCAAAACUCUGCUCAACGAGAUCGAGAACCAGUACGAUGAGCGACAGGAGCAGACGUCUGAAGAGAACGGGCCCCCCACGCUGGGCCCCCACAUGACCCUGCCGUACGAAGACGGCCAGAUCCUGGAGGACGCCGCCUCCCUCAUCAUCCACCACGUCAAGAGGCAGUCCAGCAUCCACAAGGACGACAAGUACAAGAUCAAGCAGCUGGUGUACCACUUCAUCCCCGACAUGCUGUUCGCCCGGCGCGGCGAGCUCUCCGACGCCGAGGAGGAGGAGGAGGAAGAAGACGAGGAGGACGACGCCGAGCCGGACGACGAGGGCGCCAAGAAGCCCAACGGUACGGCCGCUCCCAAGUCCCGGCUGCUGUUCGGCCACGCGGCGGCGGCGGCGGCGCAGAAGCUGAGUUCCUGCGACGAGGCGUACAACCUCUUCUGCGUUAACAACAACUGGUACGUCUUCCUGCGCCUGCACCACAUGCUGUGUUCGCGUCUCCUGCGCGUCUACAACCAGGCCGAGAAGCAGAUCGAGGACGAUGCCAGGGAGCGCGAGUGGGAGCGCGACGUGCUGGGGUUCAAACGGGAGAAGAACGACAGUCCGGCCUUCCAGCUGCGCCUCAGAGAGCCACUGGACGUGGACGUGGAGGACUACUACUCUGCCUUUCUGGAGAUGGUGAGGAACCUUCUGGACAUGAACAUGGAGACGUCUCAGUACGAGGACCAGCUGAGGGAGAUGUUCACCAUCCACGCCUACAUCGCCUUCACCAUGGACAAGCUCAUCCAGAGCAUUGUGAGACAGCUCCAGCACAUGGUGAGCGACGAGAUCUGCGUUCAGGUGACGGACCUAUACCUGAGCGAAUGUUCUAAUAAAGCCACCGGCGGGACCACGCCCACCCAGUCCUCCAGGGCCGCCGCCGAGGCCGCAUACCAGCGCCGAGCCGAGCAGCUGAUGGCUGACGAGAACUGCUUCAAGUUACUGUUCCAGAAGAGUAAGGCUGGCGUACAGUUGGCGGUGGAGUUACUGGACUCGGAGGAAGACAACUCUGAUGAACCCAUGGAGCUGGAGCGUUGGUCGGAUUACGUGGAUCGUUACCUGAGCUCAGACUCUGCGUCUCUGGAGCUGAGGGAGCAGCUCUCUCAGAAACCCGUGUUUCUGCCCAGGAAUCUCCGGCGGGUCAGGAAGUGCCAGCGUGGGCAGCACGUACAGAUGAGGGAAGCCAGUCAGGCGUCUAAGAAAUCCCCGGAUGGCGCCGAGGACCCUAAGAAGGAAUGCUUGUUCAAGCUCAACUCCUACAAGAUGGUGUACGUCAUCAAGUCCGAGGAUUACUUGUACAGACGCACGGCUCUGUCCAGAGCACAUCAGUCCCAUCAGCAGGUCAGCACACGGCUGCACCAGCGUUUCCAGAGCUGGCUGGACGUGUGGAGGAAGGACCACGUGAGCGAGGAGCAGGCCGCCCAGAACGGGAGGUGGCUGAUGGGUGACCGUCUGGAGGAUCUGUGGCCCUGUAAGACCAGCCGUGAGCCUCACAUCCUGCACUUCCAGCCCGUCAACAGAUACAGGGUCACCUACACCAGCGCCCCCUAACCGACCCGAUAUUUAAUGAGGCGCAGUGCUGACGUGUACCUGCUGGUUGCCAUGGAGAUGUUACACUUUUUAUCUGGAUCAGCCAGCAGAGGGCGUAAUUCAGCAGGAAUGAGGAGGGUAUAACUCCGCCGGAGGGGAUUCCUCAUAACGGCUGUAAUUACGCCCUCUGCUGGCUGAUCGACGGCGCUGCACAGAGACCCUCAGACUCACUUUUAUCCUUUUUUUUAAUCCUUUUAAACAGGAGCCGUGUUCUUUUCUAUCAACGUGGAGAAUUCUUUUGCUAAUAACGGAUAUUUUUGUGUAAUUAAUCGGGCGGCGACGCCCGGGCCGCGUGUGUAGACGUACGACGAACGUUUCAGGUCAACGUGUAGAGUUUCCUUUUCUUUCUUUUUUCUUUUAAAUUGUGAAUUAUGAGUUCAGUGUUAAUCAUGUCUUCACACUUAACACCAUGGUUUAUUGAUCAUGUAGUUACGAUCACGGAGCCUGACGUGAUCUUAUAAGGUGAUAUAUGUUCUCUGUGCUCACACCCACACGCCCUCACAAGGUGUAUAUCCACUGUACGGACACCUAAAUGUGUGUUUAUUCAACAUCACAUCCCAAAACAACAGGCAUCGCAGCAGUAACAGCACUGAUGCUGAAUGAGGAGGCUUGAUUUUUGGUCUGCAAGACACUGAGGAGGAUACACAGGGUCCGGCAUGGUCCACUCCAGUCCAAAAAUAAACAGAAACCUAAAGACUGAUGCAGGCCACACAAAUCUCAGUGAACCUAAAAAGCCCGUUCCUCAAACCAUUUUUGGGCAAAACCAAAUUCAUCAGCCUGUGAGAAGGUGAAGAGCAGUUCAGUACUAUGUUAUGAACGUUAAAGGUAGAGUCCACUGGUGGUGUUCCUUACACCACUUAAGGUGACCCUAACAGGCCGGUCAUCGUAAGCCAUUCCUGGCUCGGCGAGUCUGAAGAAGUCGUGUGGGUUCACCUGAGUGAAUAAAAGCCCUAAUAAACUAUUGUGCAGUAACGGAGCUCCGGUGCAAACAGCAGGACAAGAGAAGCCGCAGGAUUGUAAAUAUUGUACAUUCAUGACUGUUUAUAACUGAAAAUAUUAGAACCUGCUUCACAUUUUAGACUUUGUAAUGUUAGUGGAGAGGAAUAAUGCUGGUCUGUAUAUUACAACUUAUCUACUUUUUACCAAAGUUGCUAUAAUUCUAUCUGUUUCUUUUCCUUCUCAGUCUCGUUAUCACUGCGUGGUCGUAACUCGUCUGAGAUUCCAGAUCGUUCUGUAUGUCCCGAUGCUUUUUCAUGUCAUGUUUGAAGGAUUUUUACUCGACCUUAUUAUGGACGUUUGUGACGCUGCCCAUGCUACUAUAUUAUCAAUAGAUUAGAGAGAAUUUACUCUUCCUGUCCUGUUUUACGUCUCCACUCGUCCAAAUACAGAAAAAAAAGUGAUUUUAAUUUGUGUGCUGGACGUUAAUAAGUGCUGGAACGUCCAGUAAGUGAAGGCGUAUUCAACACCAUGAUGGCAUGUUUCUAUCUUCCUGUGUACAGCCUUUUGUAUUAUUCAUUGUUUUAGAUAUUGAAAUAAAAAAUAAAUUGUAGUAAACUCA